AUGUGUUAAAAUUAAGUUCACUAAUAUAAUGUAGUGAGUAAUUUUAAUUAAUAAGCGAGGGCUUUGUAUUUGAAAACUCAAUAAUAAUUUCUAAUAAUACUUUAUAUUUAAUUUGUGAUUUUUAAAUUGUAAAUCUAAUAGUAAAAUUAAGCUUUUAAUAAUUCAAUGAGUUACCCAAACUUUAUUUAUAACUAUAAUGUAACUUCAGCAUUAAACGACACAGCCUUGUAAUAAACUCCAAAUUAAAGUAUUACUUUUUAUUCAAACUUAACAAUAAUAUAGAACUUAACAAGUAUAUCACCUCAUAUAGCUCCAGAUAAUAUAAUCCCUCAAUCUAAAAAUUUCACAUAUCCAAUGAAUUUAUUUCUAGAAAGUCGAAUAAUGUUAUCUAAAUAACAUAUAUUAAUAAAACAAAUAUUGCAGUCUAACUUAAAUUUCUAGUUAUUCUAAUAGCAUUCCUAAUAUUCAUAAUUACUCCUUAAUUACUUCAAUAAAUAACGAAUUUUUCGCUUAACUUUUACAUUGAAACUGUAAAUAGUGAUUUAACUAAUAAAUUUAAUUUUAAUUACUCAAAUCUAAAUCUGA